AUGGCAGAUCUGGAGCCCAACUGGCGAGUCCGCUUUCUAGCCGGCCAGCCUCCCGCAAAGGUCCGGGUGCGAAAUCUCCAGACGUCCAUCGAAGGUCCAUCCGAUGCCUGGAAUAGGAAAGGAAAGCAGCAGCCCAUCUCUGUAUCCGCCUCUGUCAUGCUCAAGGAGGCCUUUGACACAUCGGCAUCUGCCGACAAGGUGGCGAAUGAUACGGUGCACUAUGGACUGCUCAGCAAAGCGAUACUGGCCUCGUUGGAGGGUAAGGGGCCACAGCAUCUGGCCAACAAGGAGAAAUCUGGCGAUGCGGCUAGCACAAAUCGUUUUUCAAGUUUACGAGACGUUGUGAAUACAAUCUGGGAAGAUCUUACCAACCAAGAUGCCAAUGGAAAAUCCAAGGCUGCCGAUGAUGAUGAUGAAGCAGACGAGCAACAAGUGAAGUCGUUCCUAAAGGUCUCAACAAUUCGAUGUUUCGAACUCACUGCCCACCUCCCCAAAGCCUCGCUGCUAGGAGGCGGAGUGAGUCUCACCAGAAUAGCCCUCUUCGGACGUGAUGGAGAGUCAAGGCCUCAGCCGAGGGGUAUGAGCCUCAAAAUCCAUGACCUCAGGGUUCCUACUCUCAUCGGCGUCAACGGCAACGAGAGGAAGGCGAAGCAGGUCGUUGCUGCCACCAUCGAAAUUGACAAGUUUAAUAUUGACGAGGAUGUUUUCACAAUGAUUGAAGCCGAGACAGUCGAGGUCAUGAGCCAAUCAUCGUUUGAGACACUCGAGGCGUUGGCCAACACUCUGGCUUUCCGGCUAGCCAGCUACUUGCACUCAUCCCAAGCCGGAUCGAUGAACAGAAAGGGAUGGCCAAUCAAGAUUGCACUGGAGAAGCCAAUUGCCGUUGUCCUUGCGGAUGCCGCAUGUGUGCAGUUGAGUGUCAUUUCAUCCGAAGUGCUUGGCGGGAUAUAA